CUACUCUUAUGAGUGAUGGAGCAUUUCACCAGAGUACGAAACAAAUUGAAACUGACCGAAUUUUUGUGGAGAUCAGAGGGAACUCGGACCGUUCACCUGUAUAUAAGAGCGGGAGGCGAUGCAGAGCAUAAUACAACUUUUUGUAAGAGACCGUCUGGACUCCGCUGUCCAUUCUGCACAAACAGCAUGUCUCUCCGGUGGUCUGCAAUCCUGCUACAGAGGGCAGCAACACCCUUGAUGCAGUCUGCCAGGACUUUCUAUAAUCGAGGAAAGUCUACCAUGGUGUCGACGUCAUUGCGAGCUGAUGUAACAUCCAAGUCACCCACGAUCACGUCUGCUCUCCCAGCCCACCACCUCUCUGCCAAAGUCUUAUUUGACAAUGAUACUGUUGCGGAUUUUAAAUACAUUUGGCUAAGGGACAACUGUCAGUGCCCCUCAUGUAUCGACAUCAGCACAAAGCAGAAGCUGGUAGACACUACUGUGCUAGACCUGAAUGUGAAGCCUGAGUCCCUCAUCAUCAACAGUGAAGGUCACCUGGAAAUUGUAUGGUCUGAAAAGAAUGGCUCUCAUAAAUCUGAAUAUGACCCACAAUGGCUGCUUAAGUAUGGACAGUCUUUCAUGCACAACAACUUUGAGAGUGACAACACAGAUGUAGAUAUUAUGUCCCUAAGACCUGAAAUUGAGCCAUGGGAUCGCACCACUAUCUGGGCCAACUUCCCAGAAUUAUCUUAUGCUGAAAUGAUGGAAAGUGAAAAUGGCCUCAGGGAGUGGCUUGAAAUAUUCUAUAAGUAUGGUGUGGCAGUGCUCCGUGGAGUACCACAAGAGAAAAACAAGAUUAUUGAGGUAGUGAAUCGAUUUGCAUAUGUGAAGGAGACCCAGUAUGGCCGCACAUUUGACGUCAUCAAUAAGCCUGUGGAGGGUGCCCAUCUAGCAUACACUGGGGUAGCUCUGGCUCACCAUACAGAUAUGAACUACAGGGAAAAGAGUCCAGGCAUGCAGCUCCUCCACUGUCUCAAGGCAAAUGACCCAAAGCUUUCUGGAGAUGAUCCUGGUGGACGUUCCUUCUUUGCUGAUGGUUUCAAGAUUGCUUCCUGGCUAGAGGAGAAUGAACCUGCAGCUUAUCAUGUACUCACCUCCACACCAGUGAGAUUUUCUAUUAAGAAUGAAGGUCAGCAAUACUCUGCUGUGUGGCCCAUCCUCUGCACCAAUGCAGAUGGAGACAUCACAGAGGUGCACUACAACAAUCGCACCAUGAAGCCUCUGCAGGCACCCACACAUGUGGUGACACCUUUCUAUCAUGCUUACAAACUCUUCUCAGACAAACUACAAGAGCCAUCAGCCAGUCUGGAAUUUAACAUGGUUCCAGGUGACCUUGUGGCAUUUAACAAUCGCAGAGUUCUUCAUGGCCGCACUGCUUUUGAUGCUUCAAAGGUGGACAGACACCUUGUUGGUUGCUAUGUUGAUAUUGAUGAAGCUUUCUCCAAGUAUGAUUCCCUGCUGGCAAAGUUUCGCAGAAAAUGAUUGUGCUGGUGUGAACAGUUAUAGUGAUGGUAGUAGAAGAAAUAGUGAUGCUGCUUUACAUGUGUCAUAAAAAUUAUACAUUAUACCUGCACGAUCUAAACAGUAUCUUCUGAUGAGUUCUGUGUCACUAAGUUCAUUCAAUUCAUACUUUCUGGAUAAAUAAUUUGUGAGGUGGAGAUGUUGUAGUACAUUUAGCCUAAGAUUACUAUCUUAGGCUAAAUGUACUACCUGUAUUAUUAAAUGCAUUUUGACAGAGCACUCAGCAGCAAGAUAUCUAAGUAUUAUGAUCACCUUUAUUUUGGUGGUACGUGGCUUGUUCUUCUCUGUCCCUCUGUAAGGCUUCCCUCAAUGGAUUGGUGAUAAAAGAGAAUACCUGCAUGGUCUAAACAGUAUCUUCUGAUGAGUUCUGUGUCACUAAGUUCAUUCAAUUCAUGCUUUCUGGAUAAAUAAUUUGCAAGUUGGAGAUGUUGUGAAGCAGCCAUCUUGGCUGUGGGAGCGUCUGUCAAAAGCCGCUAAGACAGGGUAGACUGGUGUCUGGAAACAGAUAAAUCCAUUUUACAUUGAUUCCUAUGAGGAAAAUAGCUUUUGUUUUUUAACACUUCGGAUUUUGAAUGGCAUUCAGGAAUAAAUUAACUUCAAGAAUCGAAGUUUUAUUGUGUGUGUGUGUGUGUGUGUGUGUGUGUGUGUGUGUGUGUAUGGGGGUGUGUGUGUAUUGACUGAUUGAGUCUUACUCUUCUUUUUUAAUACAUCUCAGCAUGUAAUUCUAGGAUGAAGUCAAUUCGAGGGCAAGCAUGCACUUUUUGUAAUAAUUAUCUAACGUCCAAUAUUGAAGGAUUCCAAUUUCUCUAAAAUUAAGAUUAUAUUCACAAGUCUAGAAAUUUCAGUAUGCUGACAAUGGAAAUGUGUUGGAUGCUCCUAUGUAUCUAAAUUCAGGUAAGAAUAUAUGCAACUUCAUGACCACUGAAAUUUUUAUCUAAUUCAAAACUUGUUAGGAUAUACUGUAACAUUUAUAAUGAUAAUGUACAAUAUCUAUUGUUUGUAAUAUGUUUUGUAAUAUAAUGCAAACCUGAAUUUCAAGUAAGAGAUGUAACAUUAACAGUUUGUGCAAGUCAGGAUUUAAUAUAUUACUGCCUAUGCCUGUGAUUUACCUGGAGAUUAACACCUUCACUUUGAGAGAUAAGAAUGUAAUUACAUUUUUCAAAAACUUGCCUUUAUUUAUGUAAAAAGCUGCAGAACUUCUGGAUGUAACAUAAAUUAUGCAAAUGUACUUGCAAAUCAGUGUCUGGAUGUAACAUAAAUUAUGCAUAUGUACUUGCAAAUCAAUGUCUGGAUGUAACAUAAAUUAUGCAAAUGUAAUUGCAAAUCAGUGUCUUUUUUUAAGUUGACUGGUAAAAAAAACAAUUAAAUAUUUACAAAUCCAAGUAAAUUGUAUAGUAGGAUGAAUAUGAAUGUCUUGUUAGCAAUGCAAUUACUGUAUUAUUUUUUUUCUAUUUACCUUUAUGUUUUAUUUGUAUGUAUGUACAGGUAUUCUGAAAUCACUUUAUAACAUAUGACAAAUAUUAUUGCUACAAUGCAGGAGUAAAACUAGGCAUACCAAUAUCAUUUAUACUACCAAGUAGCAAAAUAGUUGUCUUCUUGAUUAUAUUAGCUUCAAUUAAUGUUUUGUCAGUGAUGCACUAACAUGCAGCUGAAUGAUGACAAACAGUGAUUAUAUUAUAAUACAUUCAGUUAUACUUCUCAUAAGUAUUAAUUACAACUUCUCAUAAGUAUUAAAUACAGUCACAGGCUAAUAUCUGGCAAAAGUUUAAGCACAGUGGUCAGAUAUAUUUUCACCAGAAACUAUUCUUUCAUCAUCUGGCAAUAUCAUGUUAAGAUUUAUAUCUCUAUGCUUUUUAAAUCCAUGUUGUCAGUAAAUAUCUGUGAUUAGUGUCAAAAUUGAAAAAUAAAUUACAUACAACUAUA